AUGCCUUACACUUUAGCUGACCUAGAUGCUAUAUAUAGAGACCCCCAAGAGACUCAGCCAAAUAGAGAUACGCAGGACUCUCUCGAGCAAGAUUUAACUGCAUUACAAGAAACAUUGGAAAAGGAUAUGCUUGAAAUGCAACAAAAUACAACCCUCCUACAGACUCAGGAUAUCGAGGAUGAAUCUCUGGAGCUACAGGAAAUCAUGGUAGACGAUGUUGUUGCAUCUGAAGUGGUACUCGAAGAUGACGUUUUCGAUAGAGAUGAAAUAUUGGACGUAGGCCCGCCAGACACUAUGAAAGAGGAUGAAUUUGAAUAA